AUGCAUCGUUUCUCCAACUUCAUUGUUUCGGCAGCUCUGAUACUCUUCAUGAGUUCAAGAGGUCUUGCAGAAGCUCCGGUAUACCAACCAUGCCCUCUACUUCGAGCCUAUCACUCUCCGCCAGUUAUAGACAGAAAGUCUGACUCGAUCAAGUCGUUCAAUCAAGAGUUCUCAGCUUUGUUUGACCGGCUUGUUCAUGAUGGCGGCUCUGAUGACUUUGGAGAGAUCACGCCGAACACCACUUCGUUCACAGUUGUCUUGUUCUCCGGUUCUGAAGACACUGAGACAGAUCCAGUGUUUUUCGAAUACCAUCACACAGCUGUUGAGGCACUUCAAGACUCAAGACUUGGCGCCGACACUGUGUUUCCCUUGGGCACACUAACUCAACUCUUCACAGUGUACGCAUGGCUCGUGGAAGUUGGUGACGAGCACUGGGGUACAUCAGUUACCGUGUUCUUGCCAGAACUCAACAAUGCCAGCACUUCGGGUCUGGCAGUAAACUGGGACGAAAUUACUAUCGGCGCACUGGCUGGCCAGAUGUCUGGGCUUGCACGAGAUUCCUACGCCUGCACGCUUAACAAACCGUGCAACCGAACACAAUUCCUAGAGGAGUUUUCCACAGUCCCUCCAUUGUUUCGCCCAGAUACCACUCCCUUGAUAUCUAAUGCCGGGUUUCAGCUCCUUGCUCUAGCUUUGGAAGCUCGUACAAGCAAUGACAUAACCUCUACAUUUGAUCACGUUCUUUACAGCAGUGUCUUUGAACCUCUGAACAUGACCAAGAGCCGCCUCUUAUCGUCGACCGACGACACAGAUAUCUAUGCUCAUGAUCUCAACGCUUCAGCGGUUGGCGACCCAGCCGCACUUGCUAUGCUCUCUACCGCUUCGGACCUCGCUCGUGCUGGCCAUGCCAUGCUCAGCUCGAAACUGAUUUCCAAAGGUUCAACCCGUCGCUGGCUCCAACCCGUUGCCGACACCUCGAAUCUCCGCAAUGGCGUCGGCCGCCCCUGGGAAAUCUACCACGCCGGUCAAUAUGCCAACAGUUCAAUCCUGGACGUUUUCACCAAAACGGGCUUGAUCGGGCACUACGCGAGCUAUUUUGGUCUCGCCCCCGACUUCAACGCCGGCUUCGCCAUUCUCGCUCACGACACUGAAGCCACGCAUGGACCUGAUCUUAACGUCUACGCUGAUAUUGUCUCUUUGGCAAUUUUGAAGCUUCAAAAACUUGCUGCAGCAGAGAUGGCAGCACGCUAUGCUGGCUUCUUCGAAGGGCCGUCUGGGUCGGCAAUUUUCAACACAUCAAGUGAUGGGCAUGGCCUUGUCGUUUCUUUGCUAAAGAACCGAAACAUUGAUCUUCGUCAACAGGUUGCUGCGGCUGCGGGUAUUGAGCUUGCAAACCUUGAUUUUCGCUUAUACCCCAGCAAUGUAGCAACUGACACCCAGCAUCAAUUUGUCGCCGUUUUUCAGGAUAAGAGUGCUCCUGUUGAUAUGGGUACGCCUACUUGCAUCACUUGGCAGGACGUCGACUCUUUAGGUUCAAGCAUCAAUGUACGGUUUGUGUUCGGUAUGGAUGAAUCGGGACGUGCGUCGGAUGUUACACUGGGUGAUGGCUCCCUUGUUCUAUCUAGUGUUACGACCCGACAGUUAACAGACCACUGA